CUGUGUCCUCAGGGAAGAACCCCACUGACGAGUACCUGGAGGGGAUGAUGAGCGAGGCGCCAGGGCCCAUCAACUUCACCAUGUUCCUCACCAUGUUCGGCGAGAAGCUGAACGGCACCGACCCCGAGGACGUGAUCCGCAACGCCUUCGCCUGCUUCGACGAGGAGGCCUCAGGCUCCAUCCACGAGGACCACCUGCGUGAGCUGCUGACCACCAUGGGGGACAGGUUCACCGACGAGGAGGUGGAUGAGAUGUACCGGGAGGCGCCCAUCGACAAACAGGGCAACUUCAACUACGUGGAGUUCACUCGCAUCCUGAAGCACGGCGCCAAGGACAAGGACGAUUAGAGCCCGCGGCCACUGACCCCUUGUGCCCAUGCCCUGCACAUCCCCCGCCCCCUGGCCCCCCUUGCUGCCCCACAGCAGACUCCUCCCACGGAAACACCUCCCAGGACCAUCACCCUGCACCAGGACACGCUUGGACGGGCGCACUCCCAUCGCUGUGCUGCCGUGUGCCCAUCCAGCCUUCCCCUCCCAUCACCUCUGCCACACACUGGGCGCCCCAGCCUUGCUGUGACCUCCUCUCAAAGCCACCAUGCCACUGGUCCCGGGGCUGGGGCGAGCAUCCCCUGCUGCCCUGCAGGGAUCUGUCUGGGGCCAGCCUGAGCAAGCCCCAUUCAGGGCCACAGCACAGAGGAAAAGCCUCUCUCCCUCUCCUCCCACACUCCCCCCUCAGGAAAGAACCCCCACUUUGUCCCUCCUCCCUGGCUGCUUUAUGGCUUUAGAGCCUGAGAUCUGGGGGAUUCAGGAAGCUGGAGGGUGUAUAAAGGCUGAUGGGUGUGA